UUGAUUGAUUAAAGCCAUGGUUCUCGAUGGACUUGUAUCUUCACCAUUAAGGAGACAACAGUGUCUAAAGAAGCAGUGGGAAGAGUUGGGUACCUGCUCCACCGUUGUUCAGAGGCAUCGAUAUCUCUUGACAGCAUUGGCUCUUUUGACAUUCCUCUGCACUAUUUAUCUCUACUUUGCCGUCACUUUAGGCGCUAGGCACUCCUCCUGCUAUGGCUUGACCGGUAAAGAGAAGGCAAUCUGUCAACUACAACAUGUUCAAGCCAUCUCCAAAGGCAAACUUAAAUUCUUCUAGAGUGUUUAUUUAUUGGUGAAUGCUGAUACCAACCCCAUUUAUUAUUCUUGUAAUAAGUAACAUUCUUUUUUCGUUUUUCUUUUCUUGAUUCUAUAUUGCUAUUUGUGUGUAUCAUUAUUACGUGGUGAAAAAAAAAACAGAUAUUCAUUAUUGAAAGAUAAACCAUUUUGAGUCGAUCAAA